UGAUUAGGUAUGGGACAUAGGUCUAUUCUCAAGACGUCCGAUGGGCCUGCGAAGUGCGGGAACCCUCACGCAGUAAUAAGGGGACUCGGAAGGGAUGGAGGCUGUCUCCCUUCGUUUUGGUCCCAGAUUACGCACAUUACGCGUCGGCAUCAGCCGACAAACCAAGUGGCUGGAAUGGGAAUCCUGGGAUCCUGGCAAGGAAAUGCUGCUUGUGCAGCCAGACCCUUCAGGUUUCAGGAUAUGUGAUACUCUCGAACGACGUUUGCACAACCUGUCCCUCAUUCUUGCCUACUACCUUGUCGUCUCUUUUCUUGCUAUGCCCUCCACGUCUAAUGGAACCGAAAAUACCGCCUAAUUUCAGCGAACCUCAAGUUGCUAAGGGUAACCCACCCUUGCGGUCAGGAAUACGGGAACAACUACAGGCAUUGAUCAGCAACAAGAAACGACAACUUACCCUCGUGGGGACUCUCGGGCAACGGCUCCUUAGCCAAGAGAUUGAGCUCGAGGAACGUAUACAGCGAAUGGUCGAGGCAGAAAUUGGGGUGCCACAGUCCGGCGAUUCUAAAGACAUUGCGCCCACUGGAGAUGAGCUGGAAAGCUUGGGAAGGACAUUGAAAACAUGGGAGGUGGAGAACCAAGAGACCUGGGUUAACGCCCUUGCCCUUGAUACAUUAGUAGGUGUAAGCAUUGGAGACUUGUAGAUCAUUCACAUUAUUUCUAUGGGUGGUUUAUGGCGAAAAGCCGGAUGUUGACCCACCCAUUGCACCAUCAUUCCCUUCCGGCUCCUCAUCAGGUGGGGAUAUGUCUUCUCACCCUGAAGUAACCCGAGCGGCCACCCAAUCGACAUGGCGUACCAAAAAUGCGAGCCUGCGGAAGGCAAAAGACGUCAGUGAGAUAGAUUGGUAUUCAGACGAUGUGAGUACGCUACUCCAUUCCUAUUCACAGCGGGAUUAUUGAAAUAGAAUCACAAUCAAGACCGGAGAUCCAUCGACGGGCGAAAACCGCCGCAUACGUGCGCUGGUGGGCGAACGUGACAGGGCCUUACAGGAGCUGAGGGAGCAAAG